GUCGCGGGUCUGGCCGCUGCGGCUAAUGGGCCGUUGGGUGGGUCGGCUCUCGGUGCCAGUGCCAAGUGGGCCUGGCCGCUGUGCGCUAGACGCGUUGUGGACGUUCGAUUAGAAAAACUGAAGAUUCCCUAAAAAAAAAUAGAAAAACUGAAGCGGUUGCCUUUUGCGCCAGAAACUGAAAUGAUUUUUCGUUGUUCAAAAAAAGAGUAUUCCCUUUUAAAGAAAACACAAUUAUUUUUUUUAAACACAGUACAAACGUAGAUGCUUGAUAUGUCUCAAAGGUAUAUGUAAAUUUUUAUUGUUUCAUCCUAUUAUAUUAUCACUUUUAUGUAUUUUUAUACUAGCAUUUUAUAUUAUUUUUUGGAUUAACCUUUUUUAACUUAGUGUGUUACAGUUUCUUUUUUCUACUCCCUGUGUACUCACUGUGUCCCAAAAAAGUGUCUUAAACUUGGUAUAGACACUUUUUUUUGGACGGAGGAGUACUUGUUUUUUAUUUCACAUAAAAUCUACUAGUGUCAAAACAAUAUGUCAAUUUUUUUAAAAAAAUCUGAACCAGAAGAGACCAUAGAAGUUUCAAGGAAGGAGUGGACGACCACCAGAGGGGCCACACGGCUAGGAGACACGCCCUAGCCCUAGGGCGCGCCAUCCAAGCAUGUAGGGUCCACAACAACUGUCUUUGCUCGAUUCCACCUCUAUAUAUCCCUAUAAAGACCGAAACCAUCCGUCUUAUUUAAAAAAAAUCGUCGCCACAUGUUUCUGUUUCGCGAAGAUCCAAUUUGGAGGCUUGUUUCGGAGCUCUGUCGGAGGGGGAAGCCAUUGCCAGAGUCUUUUUCAUCAACCUUGACGCCUCCAUGAUGAUGUGUGAGUAGUUCCAUCAGAACCUUAGGGUCCAUAGUACUCCCUCUGUCCGAAUUUUUUUGUCCCAAUCUUGUUCCUCAAAUGGAUGUAUGUAGCAGUAACUUGGUGCUAGAUACAUCCAUUUGAGGGACAAGGUUUUUCGGACGGAGGGGGUAGUAGCUAGAUGACUUUCUCUCUUGUUGGAUCUUCAAUACAAAGUCCCCGUGAGCUUCUCACAUGAUCGAGAUCAAUUCGAUGUAAUCGGUGGUGUGUUUGUUGAGACAUGAUGAAUUAUAGUAAACUCUUUUAGGUUACUAGAAACUUGAAGUUCGUUUUCUUCUCAGACGGUUUGUUUGGUGCCUGAGGUUGCGAUGCUGGCAGGUCCGCUUAUGGCCUGGCCAAGAACUCUGUUGUUUUCUUUUCUGCUUCAUCAAUAAAAUGGGGUAGGGGGGAGCCCUUUUCAUUAAAAAAAAACUUCCGUGGAAAGGUAAGAGCUUGUGCCUGACUGUAGCUCUGUUUAUUGUUUUGACAGGUGCACCUGACUGUACCACUUUUUUCAGUGUAAGAUGACAUUUUCUCUCCACCCUUGCAAAAAAGAAGUGGCUGACUUUUGUUUGUUUGCGUACCCCGAAGCACUGCAUUAUGAAUUGUCAAUCCCCAAUGGUCGAUGAAAGAAACAUUUAUGAGUCUCUCAUAAAAAAGUAAAAGAGAAAAAAAUGGUUCUGUUGUCAACUCCACCAAAUUACAGAUGCAUGCGGAUAGGCUCCAUGUAGAUGUAGUAGUCCUCGACAUUAUGUAUGUAGCAAAAGAAAACUAAAUGGAAUAUGUAUUUGAACUAUAUUCUUUGCAGGUGUGUAGUCUGUUGCUGGUCGGUUAGUAGAUGGCUAUUUCUCAAUAGGAUGAGCACAAAUAGUAUGAUACAAUAUCACAAAAGUCAGACACGGCGAUCAUUAGCUGGACCCGACACUAGUACUUCCUCCGUUUCACAAUGUAGCGCAUAUAUAUUUUUCUAAAAGUCAAACUUUGUAAAAUUUGAUCAAAUUUGUAGAGAAAAUCAUAUACAUCUAGAAUACCAAAUACAUGUGCUUAGAUACAUCACAAGACAUACUUUCAUAUUAUAUACAUUUGGUAUUGUAGAUAUAAAUAAUUUUCUCUAUAAACUUGGUCAAAGUUUAUAAAGUUUGACUUUGUAGAAAAUCUAUAUGCGCUACAUUAUGGAACGGAGGGAGUAUGAUUUAAUUCAUGGAGAAGUUAAAUGGAUAUGAUAGUGAAAAAUACAUAUGCAAUUGUCUGCUGUCCAGCUGUGCGUAUCAAACUUGAUCUCCAUCUUGUUUUAGCAUGGAUUUAUUCAGCACUGGUUAAUAAUCAGUUCUUCCAACGUGCUGGAAUCAUUCCCCGAUGGAAAGCUAUAUAUACUGAGCACAUACUAGUAGCACACCACCCAUCCAUCUUACUACCAAGAAUCUGCCUGGGAGGAGCCCAAGAACUAAUCAUCAGCUUCUUGUUGCAUCCUGGUCAUCUUACACUGUAGAAGAAUGGUGAAUUUCUCCAAGAAACUAACGACAGACCAGAUUCCGGGAUGGGAGGAGUACUACUUCAACUACAAAUUGCUCAAGGCAAGAGUGAAGGUGUACACGGAGCAGACGAAGGAAGGCAAUCACGACCGAAGACGUGUUCUGAAAGAUUUCUCAAAGUUGCUCGACGAUGAGAUUGAGAAGAUAGUGUUGUUCAUGAUAGAACAGCAAGGGCUGAUGGCGUCGCGGCUCGAGGAGCUAGGGAAGCGAAGGGCGGUGCUCGAGGACAUUCCACUGCUCCAGGAGAUAACUGAACUGAGGGAGGACUACAGGGCAGUCGGCCAUGAUCUUGUCAGGCUUCUGAAGUUCGUCGAUCUCAACGCGAACGCGGUUCGGAAGAUCCUGAAGAAGUUCGAUGAGCGUCUCGGGUAUAAGUUCACGGAUUACUAUGUCAGGAGCAGAUCCAACCACCCCUACUCUCAGCUCCAGCAGGUUUUCAAGCAUGUGGGUAUUGGAGCUGUGGUGGGGGCAUUGUCUCGCAACCUCGGCGAUCUCGAGGAGCGCGAAGGAAGUUACCUGAAUAUCUAUGACCAGAACCCACUGGCCAUUCCAAAGGACCCCAUAAUCGACAUGAUCAAGGCGACGGCGGACAAGCUGACCAACUCGACCAACUUCCUGCGGUUCCUGGGGCAGCACGCGCUGAUCAGGCAGGGGAGCAUCCCCGACUCGCCGGAGGAGCAGCAGGUGUCGGAGGACAAGUACCACUUCAUCUCCCUGGUGCUCAACCUGGCCAACACCUUCCUCUACAUGGUGAACACGUACAUCGUCGUCCCCACGGCCGACGACUACGCCACCAGCCUCGGCGCCGCCGCCACGGUCUGCGGCGUCAUCAUCGGCUCCAUGGCCGUGGCGCAGCUCUUCUCCUCGGUCUACUUCAGCGCCUGGUCCAACCGCUCCUACUUCCGCCCGCUGCUCUUCAGCAGCGUCGUGCUCCUCCUCGGCAACGUCAUGUACGCCCUCGCCUACGACUUCGACUCCCUCGCCAUCCUCCUCGCCGGCCGCGUCCUGUGCGGGAUGGGGUCGGCGAGGGCCGUCAACCGGAGGUACAUCAGCGACUGCGUUCCGCAGAGGAUCCGGAUGCAGGCGUCCGCGGCGUUCGUCAGCGCCAGCGCCCUCGGCAUGGCCUGCGGCCCGGCGAUCGCCGGCCUGCUCCAGGUCAACUACAAGGUGUAUUCGGUCACCAUCAACCAGGACACCUUGCCUGGCUGGGUCAUGGCUCUUGGCUGGCUCGCGUACCUGGUCUGGCUGUGGAUCUCGUUCAGAGAGCCGGUUCUCGGUGACGCCGACGAGGAAGGUCACCGCCAGGGCUCCUCUCGUGGCUCCUCCAGCUUAGGAUACCGGAAGCAUGGGCUUGCGGGUGAGUAUCUGCUGAAGCAGGACGCCCAGGGCGAGAGCGACCAGGAGGAGACGCCGCAGGACGCCCAGGGCGAGAGCGACCAGGAGGAGACGCCGGCUCCGGCGGCAGCGCCGUCGAUCGCCGAGGCGUACAGGCUGCUGACGCCGUCGGUGAAGGUGCAGCUGCUGAUCUACUUCAUGCUCAAGUUCUCCAUGGAGGUCCUGCUGUCGGAGUCCAGCGUGGUGACGAGCUACUACUUCGGGUGGAACACGAGCUCGGUGGCGGUGUUCCUGGCGGCGCUGGGUCUCACCGUGCUCCCCAUCAACGCUGUGGUGGGCACCUACAUCAGCAACAUGUUCGAGGACCGGCAGAUCCUGGUGGCGUCGGAGGCGGUGCUGCUGGCGGGCGUGGCGCUGAGCUUCCACGUGCCGGGCACGGCGUACACGGCGGCGCAGUACGUGUGCUCGGCGCUGCUGACGUUCGUGGCGGCGGAGGUGCUGGAGGGGGUGAACCUGUCGCUGCUGUCGCAGGUGAUGCCGGCGCCGCGGGUGGCCGCCGACGGGACCAUCACGCUGGCCGGGUACCUGGGGCAGGGGGCGCUGCUGAACGCCACGCUGCUGCCGUCGCUGCUCAUCUGCGCCGCGUCCAUCGCCGCCACGCUCUCCACCUACAACUCGCUCUUCUACUAGCCAGCCAGCCAGCCAACCAGCGAGCGAGCGCCUUCGUCACGGUGUGUGUUUUUGUGUUGUUUGUGACUCGCGAGUGUAGGCGUGUGCUGCUCGGAACGUGGGAUGGAUGGCUCGGGGCACACGGGAAACCAACUGGACGGUGCGUCACAGCGUCAGCUUGGAUUCAUUUUGCAGCGAUGUCUUUUUUUCUUCGAGAGUACGUCAAUGACGUACCAUAUUUUUAUAAAAGGCAAAAAUAUGUACAAAAAGUU